UCUAGAUUCCGAAGAAUCACCUGGCAACCAUAAACAAGAUGGCGAAGAUCGUAAUUGCAGGAAAAUCUGAGUGUCCCUAUUAUGCAAGGGCAGAAUUAUUAGGAGAUAAACUUGCUAGGAAUCUUCCAAAUUUCCAACUCCACAAGAUUGUUCAACAGCCAGAUGACUGGGAGAAAUGGUUAAAAAAUACAUGUAAUGAAAGAGGAUGGCAACAUAUGAAGUCACCAAUAGUAUGGAGGGAAUUGGUUGAUCGAGGUGGCAAAGGUGUUUUGAUUGGUGGAGCCAAUGAAUUUCAGGAAUAUGCAUUUGGUUACUAUGGAAUCCAAUCAGAUCAAGUUAGUAAUGAUAUGAAUUUGAUUUCGAAAGAAAAUAAACAAUAUAAAAUUGAUAUUGUCAAAGAGGAAGCAGAGUUUAAAGCCAGAAGCAAUCCCAUACAUGUGUGUAUCACAUGUGCAACAAGUCCAGUAUGUUAUGCAAUUAUAAAUUCAAUUGGUCAGGGAGAUGUAUUUGGCAAACAUACAGAAAUAGCUCUUCAUUUACUGGAUACAAAUGAUAAACUGGAAGAAUUAGAAGGUUUAAAAAUGGAAGCAGAGGAUCUUGCACAUGAAUUACUCAGAGAAGUUUCUAUUACUUCAGACACUAAGGAUGCUUUUAAAAAUUGCAGUGCAAUUGUAUUGUUAGAUGACCUCACACAGAAUCCUGAAGAGGACAAGUCGGCGUGGAUCAAAAGGAAUUCUUCUCAUUUUAGUGCUUAUGCCAAAGUUAUCAAUGAUGUCGCUUUAAAGAAUGUUAAAGUUAUUCUCACAGGGAAUGGACCCGUAAAUAUGAACACUUACAUGAUGAUUCAAAAUGCUCCAAAUAUUCCAAGGCAAAAUUUUGUUGGCCUGUCUAGAAGAAUUGAAAACAAUGCAAAGGCCGUUGUUGCAGAAAGGUUAAAGGUCAACACGAGUGGUGUUGUUGACUUGAUAAUUUGGGGGAAUGUGAAUGGGGAACAUUUUGUAGAUCUAGCAAGAAGUCGUGUCCAUGGAUAUGAUGGCGCUAUCUGGGGACCACCCAGCUUUUCUCUCCCUGCUCCAGAAAUGGUAUGGGACAAACCUUGGAUGGAAAAAGAUUACAUUGAGCUGGUUAAAACAAGACAUGAAAAAAUGACAGAAAAUCUUAAACAUGCACCAUCUAUGUCAGCAGGAGGUGCAAUCACUAGUAUGCUGGAACACUGGUGGAAUGGAUCUCCUUCUGGACAGAUGUUCUCUCUUGCUGUUUGUUCUGAAGGUUGGUAUAAUAUUCCUGAUGGCAUUGUAUUCUCCUUCCCUGUGACAAUGGUUUCUAAAGGAUAUUGGAAUGUUGUGCAAGAUAUUGAGCUUAGUGAAGAAAUGAAGAUAGCAAUAAGUGCUACGUUGCAGGAUAUUCAGUCUGAGAAGGAUGUCUUAUUUCCUCCACCCACUCCACCUCCCACAGAAUCUAAAGUGACAAUUAUAGAUCCUAAAGAUACAGAACAACAACAGGAAAAGACAGAAAACAGUGAAGGAGAAAAACAGGAUGAUUCUGAAGGACCAACCUCUGCUAAAUCCAUGCUGAGAGAAAACUGACCCAAAGCUAGACACUAUUGAAGAAGAAAAGACAGGAUCAACAACAGAAUCAACUUAAAUUUGUCAUGAUAAAUAUUCAUACAAAAGAUUAUAUUGGUUGUCUCAGUGAUUUUAUUUAUCACAAUCAAACAACGUUAUGGUAUCAAGAAAUGUAUUUUCUUAAUCGGAGACAUGAAAACAUUUACACUGUGAUAUAUAUUUAUUUCUCAUUUCACUAAAAUAAUGAUGUUUUAUCUAUUGAAAUGUACAAACAAUAAAAUAUAAACCAUGAAGA